CUUUGCUCCCACUGAGUGAAUAAAUUCACCUGUCACAGCUUUCUGCCUUCAGUUUCUCGGUCAGAAAGACAUUCCGAUUCAGUGGCCAUGGCAUUACAGGGAACAUUUGUUUGGCUUUGCUCACUGGCAGUCUUGUCCUUCUCUGUAGCGCAAGAUGACACUUGCUGCUCGAGACCUAAGCUCGUGGAAGAUCUGUCAGCUUUUCUUGAGUUAGAGGGAGAGUGCAAUGGUGCAUGGAGCGCUGAGCAGACAGCAACAAUACUGAAGUCAUUGAGAAAUCUGACUGAUGUUCUGCAGAAACAACAGCUGAAAGGCUGCCAACAUGCUGAGCCAAAGAAUUGCACUGAAGCCAAAGUUCCCGAAAAUGGAGGCUUGGCAUGUGUCACAGUUGCCAACAAACGCUACUGCAAACCUAUGUGCAACCAUGGUUACGAUUUUGAUUUUAUCAGGAGGAGUCGUGUCUUUGACGAAUGCAGUGAGCAGACAGGAUAUAAAUGGCAGACCCAGUACAUAGGAGGAAACAGGCUAGCUGUCUGCAACGAAGCAAGGAUUCAAGUUUCAGGAGCAAAGACAGCAUAUUUUCCUGAAGAUCAGAGCUGCAUAACAACUAAGAGCAACUGCACGCUGCACAGAAGCUUCGUUGAAAAUUUGAAAACUGAGCUGAAGAAUCUAGGCAUAGAGGGAGAGCCCCAGAAUCCCUGUCUUGUGUGUGGAUGACCACGAUGUAGAAACAAGUGUGGAAAUAUGCAUCUACCACGUCAUGAAUGCUGGGGUGUUUUUAAAAAACGUUACAAAAGUAAACUAAUAUUAGUGUGACGAAUAAAAGUGUUACUGAAUCAAAA